AUGGGAUGUGAGGCGGCUGGUAGAAGUAACUUUUAUAAGGUGGCUGGCAAUACCCGGACCGAUGGCUUUUCGUUUGAUGAGAGUUAUUUGGAUGUUUCGAUCAAUGAAACUGCGACUGGGUACUGGGUAGAAGACACAAUUACGGCCGACGGCAUAGAUGUCAGACUCCAAUUCGGCGUCGCACUACAAUGGCACACAUCUCCAAUUCUGGGACUCGGAAUCCAACCCGUGAAUCAAAACCGAAGACGUCCUGGGUAUUUAGACGCCUUAAAACAACAAGGGAAAAUAACAGGACGCUUUUGCAGUUUAUACAACCACAUGACUCCAAACACUACCGGGGAGAUAGUUCUAGGCGGAGUUGAUGCCAGUAAAUUUCAAGGAAAACUCGCCGUUUGGGAUCGAAUGGGAAUUCCUGGGGAAGUCGAUGCGCCCUCUGUUCGUAUCAGUAAUGGAACGGGUCGGUUUAAAGGACCUUAUGAGAAUUCAGGGAAACCUUUGGCUAUUGUUGAUCCACUUGCUCGAGCGCUUUUUAUUCCGGGUAAUAUGUAUACUGAGCUUAUUACUACGCUCGAUGCAUAUGGUCUUCAAAAGAAUAAGUUUAAUAAAUUGGCUCUUCCGUGUGAUAGGAACUACUCGCCGGAUGAUUUCCUCGAGUUGAACUUCAACGAAUUGGUUAUAAAGAUAGAAUUUAAUCAUCUUAAGGGUAUCAGAUUCAAUAAUAGCCUUGGAUUAUGCGAGCUCUCUGUUUUUCCAACUGAAGGAGUGCUUAAUAUCACUAAACAGUGGUCUUUUGUUCUUGGCGGACCAUUCUUUCGAGCCGCAUACACAGUCCUCGGUGUCGAGACCAAUAUCACCGGAAUAGGAGUCUUAAACCCAUUCCCAGUAGGCCGGGACAUAAUCGAGCUUGGAGGUAGUUUUGGAACAUCACUUGACGAAAUCCAAGGCAGCUCAUCGCCGCCGCCGUCAACAAACACAGGAUCUGGCCGUGCUUUAUCCUCGGGAGGGAUUGCGGGUGUUGUUAUUGCAGUCGUUUUUGUUCUGGUAGCUGCCCUGGGAGCCUUAUUCUUUAUACGAAGGAAGAGAAAGAAUAUCCCGGAUAUACCGUCUCCGGAGGGUUAUCCCUCAGAGUUGAGCCCGAAUGUACGGCCUACGAGUGAAUUGGAGGCGAAGGUCGCUGUGCCUGUAUCACAUGAGCUUCCGGUUUAUUUGGCGACUUAUGAGCUUGAAGCUGAGGCAAGGCGUUAA